GGGAUUCCCUCCGGAUCAGUCCGGGCUUAACUUGACUCGUACUAAUAACGUUACUCUCUCGGGCAUUAGAAGCGGCCGACUGCCCCCCUGCAACGUUGGGCCGCAAGCCCCGAGAUCAAUGUCCGAACGGCGGACAGCAUACAUGGUAUGAUAAACUAUAAAAAGGGGGACUGCAUCUCCGCGACAAUGGGAUUGGCCGUGUCGCGCCGUGGCCAUCUCACGCUUUGAACUUCACCCUAUUUUUCUGACUAGAAAUGGAACCCUUCACGCUACAGCUGGCCAACGGCGGCACGGUAACGGGGCUUGCCAACCUGCCCGCAGCAUCGCCAACAACGACGCCUCGAUUCAAGCCCCUGAUGGUGGGCCUCCACGGGGCAAGCUACUCCAGCGCCUACUUCGACGUGGACGCAAAGCACACCGCCGCCCUGGCGAGCGACGGCCUGGGCGUGCCGUGGGUGGCCGUCGACCGGCCCGGAUACAAGGGUUCGACCUCGUUCUACCCCAUCCCGGAGCAGUCGAGCUACCACGAAGUCCUCGGCGAGUGGCUGCACCGGUACAUCCUGCCCGCAGUGUGGCAGGCCUUCGGCGAGCCGCGCGGGUGCAACAGCAUGGUGCUGCUGUGCCACAGCCUCGGCGCGCCUGGCGCCGUCGUGGCCGCCGCACUGCUUGCCCGCGACGACGGGGAAGCGAAGGACGCGGGAAACCCGCCCGGCUAUUAUCCCCUGUCCGGUAUCGUCGCGUCGGGCUUCGGGACGCAGGCCUCCGGCGGCGGCAACAGCAGCAGCGGUGGCAACAAUGAUAACCGCGCCCACGUUCCCAUUCCCAGUAAUAAGGAAAAAGAACCGGAAGACGACCCGGAGCUGAUCACCUUCCCUGCCGAAGUCAAAGACACCAUGAUGCUACCCGCCGGAACGUGCGACGAUGCCGUGUACGCGCACACGGCGCGUCUGAACGAGCCGUUCCCCGCGCGCGAGCGCGACGACGCGCUGCCUGAGGCCGCCUUCGCGCGUCGCUUCCGCACGCACUGGGCGCCGCUCGUGCGCGUGCCAGUCAUGGUGGCCGUCGCGGAGCGCGACCCCUGGUGGGAGGCCGACGACGAGCACACGAGCCAUCUCGCCGCGCUCUUCGCGGCCAGUCGCAAGGUCGAGGCUCGCGUGAUUCCCGGCGCGCCGCACAACCUUGAGAUGAGCCACUGGGCGCAGGCCUGGUACGCGCGCUGCUUCGGCUUCGGGAUGGAGUGUGCCGUCGGGUUUGCGCUGGCGGGUUGA